ACCCUUUCGACCAAGCUCGAUACAACCAAAAUUGGAGCCCGAUCAUGGAACUCAUUAAGACAUCUUCAUACACCCUACCAGCGCUCCUCGCCGCCGGGUUGCUACUCAACCCUUACGUCUUCCCACCUCCCCAGACACGCGAACAGAUCAUCAAGCCGAAAGAUGAACAUGUCCUCAUUCUCGGUGGAAGCGAAGGAUGUGGGAAAGGUCUGGCCGAGGAAUAUGUGCUAAAACGUGGGGCCAAAGUCUUCCUAGUCGCUCGGACGGAAUCCAAGCUUUAACACGUACAGGACGAGCUCAUCACCCGGUUAACCUCCAAGAAGGGUGUCUCAUCUGAAGAAGCUCGAUCCAGAGUAUUAUACAUGACUGGGGAUAUCAGCUCGUCUG